GCUAGCAGAGCGGGUGUCCGCGGCGCUCGGUAGCUCGCAGCCGUCCUGUGGAUGGUGCAGCCGCCGCGCGGGACCUGGCGCUGCAGGGAUGCGCCUGUGACCGCCGCGGGAGCCCAGGCCAAGGAGCUUGAUGGAAGCGAUGUCCCCGCAACAGGACCACGUCGGGCAGGGGCGCUCGUCCUCUCUGAGCGGGGAGUGCAGAGCCUCCGAGGGCAAGAAGAAGAUGAAGAGCCUGGCUCAAAGACGACAGUCUGCACCAUCUCUGGUCCUCAGCAAAGCACUUAACAAGUCCAGAACCAUCACCAGGGAAAGCUGCUUCUCCCCAAUCAGUCCGGAAACAUGUCCCCUCGUGCAGUCCUUUAUCUGCCCCAAGAGAGCCUUUGUACUUGAUGGCCACGUGCAGUUGAAGACGGGCCUUCAGACCCAAGAACGGCACCUUUUCCUCUUCACAGACAUCCUUGUUGUUGCCAAGUCCAAGUCACAAUAUAAUUUCAAACUAAAGAGCCAAGUGCGUCUCUGUGAAAUGUGGACAGCAUCCUGCAUGGAAGAGGUCUAUGAGGGCAGCAUUAACCCAGAAAGGUCCUUCGUUAUAGGCUGGCCUACCACCAACUGCGUUGUUAAUUUUAGUUCUCCAGAGCAAAAGGAGAAGUGGCUCUCUUCCCUGCAAAGUCGAAUCAAAGAAGAGAAAGAAAAAGACUAUCCCAAGAGCAUUCCACUGAAGAUCAUUGCAAAGGAUAUAGGAAAUUGUGCAUAUUCGAAAAUGCUCACUGUAACCAAUGCUGAUACAGCGAAUGACAUAAUUCUCACAGCCUUGCAGCAGCUGGGGAUUAACGGUACUCAGAGUGGCAUAAGAGAAGAUAUGGGCCUGUCCAAAAGGAGCUUACAAGCCACUGAAGAUUCCCAUCUCAGAAAAGGCUUAGCACAGGGCUCUGAAAAAGACUAUCAGCUGUGGGUGAAUUCAGGAAAAGAAGAUGCUCCUUACCCACUUAUUGGACAUGAAUAUCCAUUUGGAAUUAAAAUGAGCCAUAUUCGUGAUGCUGUGCCCCAGACACAGGGAUCAAAAGAUUGUGCUUAUCCUCUGGACCUUCAUGAGUCCUUAAUGGAACAGCUGCCCCGAGAGCUGCAGUGCCAAUUUAUCCUGAAGCCAAGUCGUUCGGGUUUGUGCCAGCAACUGAAUGAACUAAGCCAAAAGCCAUUUAAAAGGAAAAGAUCAAUCAUAAACUGGGCCUUUUGGCGUGGUGCAAGUCCUCAGCUGGACAAUACACCUCUGUCUCCAACGUCUCCUGUUCCAGGGAAGCUUUUUGGUCUGUCGUUGCCAGCCAUCUGUGAGAACGACAAUCUGCCCAAACCUGUCUUGGACAUGCUUUCUUUCCUUUACAAAGAGGGACCUUUUACCAGGGGUAUUUUCAGACGCUCAGCAAAUGCAAAAUCCUGCCGAGAACUCAAGGAGAAGCUUAAUUUCGGAGCUGAAGUGCACUUAGCUUGUGAAUCCAUAUUUGUGACAGCCUCAGUGUUUAAGGAUUUUCUUCGGAACAUCCCAGGAAGUAUUUUUUCAUCCCAGCUCUGUAAUAAAUGGGUCUCUGUGCUGGAUCAAGGGAACCAUGAAGAGAAGAUAAAAGACAUCCAAAGGCUAAUAGAGCAACUUCCCAGAGCCAAUGUUGUUCUUUUACGUUACCUCUUUGGAGUACUACACAGCAUAGAAAAGCAAUCUGAACACAACCAGAUGACUGCAUUUAAUCUAGCUGUGUGUAUCGCACCCAGCAUGCUGUGGCCUCCUGCUCCCUCAAGCCCUGAAACUGAAAGUGAAUUCACAAAAAAGGUUUCUAUUCUGGUCCAGUUUCUAAUUGAAAAUUGCUGCAGGAUUUUUGGAGAGGAAAUUUCCUCCCUCUUUGGGGACAUACUCAUACGAUGUGACAGAGAGGAUGGCUCAGACUUCUCUUCUUUUCAUCUGAAUGAUUCUUCAUAUGACAGUUUGGAAAACGAACUGAAUGAUGAUGUUAGCGCCUCAUUUAGUGACUUGAUCAAAAAACGAGGUCAAGAUAACAGGAGCCGGGACUCAGUUUUGACUCUGAGUGAUUGUGACUUGGACCAGCCUGAGAUGGAAGAAAUUAAAAUUCAGCUGCCACACAAAUCAAAACCAGUGCAAAUUAUUACUGGAUCACACCAUGAAUCUGCAUUGCAGAACCACUCUGAAAAUGAGUCUUUUUGCUCCAGUACCUCUGGCUGUUUAUCAGUAAUGGGCCCAGAUGCUUUCACAAGCUUGGGAAGACAGAGACGUUGCUCAGAGCCCACAAUUGGCCUUCUUGCCUCUAAGUUCAGCCACCUCAGUGGAGAUCAUGAGAGCGCAGUGCGUAAAGCCAGCUGUGAUGCAGUGCUGUCACACGUAGAGGAAGACUGUCUCAAGCAGCUUCGUUCAUUACAGGUGGAAGGGCAAAAGCUUAUUAAUCAGGGAUUGAUUAUGGGGAUUGAUGUGAGUAAGAGUGACACCAUGGGCCAAAAUGGUGAAAAGAAAGACUUGUCCAAUUGCCUCCUCCCACCACCACCAUUGAGGUUAAAUAUUUGCUCAAGAACUAGCUGUUCUAGUUUAUCUUCUCCUGGAACGUCCCCCUCUGGGUCCUCCAUGAGUUCUAUGGACAGUGCUUUCUCUCAGUUUUCGGACUAUUCAGUAUUUACUCCAACCGAGACCUCCUCUCCUUUGGAUUGCACUUUUCAGACUCAAAAGAAACAUGGAGAGCUUUCUCCUGAAUUUAACCCUUUCUCUGGAGUACAUCUGGGCACUGGCUUCAGUUCUUUUCCUAACCAAGCCAGCAAUACCAGCUCUGUUUGUAUUGGAAAAGAGAGUCAAAAAAGCCCUGUAACUCUUCAUCCCAGCACAUGGCUGAAGAAUGGAGCCUCUACGAUGAAAAAUUGGACUCUCCGAAAAAAGGAAAGAAUGUCCAAGCAAGAGGAGAAAAGGAAGAGUGCUGUUAAAAUAACUCUGGAACCACAAAUGGACUCUUCAGAUGCAUCCGAAGACAACUUGUGUCAAGAACAGUGGCAAAUUUUAAAAUCACUUAUGUCAACUGGAGCAAUUAAUGCUGCAGAAACAGCACCGGAGGGUAAUUUUUCUUGUUCUUGGGGGGCUGGGCACCUGUGCAGCUCUCCACUGUGUCCAGUGGAAACCAAGGACAAGAGAGUAAAAGCUUUGGGUCUGUUGGCUGAGCAAAGCAAGGAAGAGGAGGAGGAGGAGGAGGAGGAGGAGGAGGCAAAUUCUCCAUUUCUUCAGUCACAUAAAACAGAACCAUCUAACUCUUUCACUCAGUGCACAAAUCCAGGUGCUGAGCUUGUUUCUGAGCCAGACAAUUUUGUCAGUGCUGGACAUGAGCUGUCCUUGAAAAGUUCAAGUAAGACUGUGAUUUCCACAGACUUAGAAGGCCAGCAAGUAACAAACUCCAAAAAAAAUAAAUAUUUGUCAAACACUGAAUCAGAAAAUAUUGAUGAGUCCAAAAGAGACUUCUCUGAGUCUCCAGAAACCACAAAGGUAAUUGAUGACUGUUGGUUUAAACCUGAUGUUAAUAAAUGCUUUCAGAAACCAGAGGAAGGGACCAGGGCCAUGGCCCAGAAUAGAAAGGAACGGCCAAACAAGCAGUGCAGUGAUCCCAAGUUUGAAGAGCUUGACCAAAGAUUUUUUGCCGAGGAAUCUUAUGUUUAAAGUCACCAAUUUUGGGACUAAUGUCAGAUCAGAUUUAAUAGCCCAGGAGACGAACUUUUACUGGGGGAGGGGCUACAGUACUCAUUCUGUCAUUAGGAGAAUAGCAAAGUAACUUCCCCAUAUACUGAGACUGUGACUGACUGACUAAAUUCCUAAGAUCUGGGAAGGUUGCAGGAAAUAGUUAAGAGAAGCACUCGGUUCCAAGAGUGCAGUAGUGUAUUUGACCAAGUCCUCCUCAUGACCACUCAUGUUAAAUCUUGUAGAUGUAAGUCCGUAUCCUCUGUGGUUUUGAUGUAGCAUACAUGGUCAACAUAGAUUCCAUAACUGUGGUAUUCUACUGCUGUUUUGAAACUAUGAUGGUUAUUACUUUCAUUGUCCUUCAAGAAAGAAGUGUGGUGCUUUGUAUGUUAACAAGGUAAUUGUCCAGUAGUUCCAGUCCUCUCAGUCUUGCUGCAAAAGAUGAACAUGUAAGAUUGAAGAAUGUUGAUGCUUAUAACUAACAGCUCCCAAUUAUGUGUGUUUCGUUUAUUGUGCUCUAUUGGGGGUUCUUUUAUGUUUAAGUUGUGUAUAGUUUAUUAAUAUUGCUGUAAAAUGGCAUAUAUUAUUGCAAGAACACAUGUAAUUUUAUUAUGCAUCCUCUAAAUCAUCUUAUAAUAUAUUAAAAGUAAUGCAUUAUCUAAAAUGCUUUGUUUGUAUAAUAUAUCUUGAUAAAUUUUGCUAUUAUAUAUGGUCUGAAAUAAAUGUGUAUUUUUGUACUUGCAGAAACUGCUGCUAACUUUACAAAUUCCGUUUUUGUUGUUAUGGCACUGGUCUUGGUGUAUACAUUCAAUGCUGUACAUUAAAUAAAAUCCAU